UUUUCACUGCCGGGUCGAGGGUCAUCUAAUGGUAUCCCUACGGGAACGUGUUUAGUAUCUUCAUGGACACGCUGUACUUUAAACAACAUCGAACCGAAUUUAUUUAUUUCGUGGAUUCUGUCAUACGUUAAAACAUCUUCACCUAUCAUUUUAUACGGGGCGUCUGUUUGGGACAGUAUGUCAGCCGAAGAAGCAGAUAAAACGACUACGGACGCCAGCGCAGGAGACGAAGAGGAGGAAUGGCUCUAUGGAGACGAGAAUGAGAACAAGCAGGAGGGAGAAGAGUCAGAGUCCUCUGUCACUGUCAGUGCCUUGGCACCACCCCCACCUGAAGAGGAGGCUGCUGGGAAUGGGGUGGCCAGUCAGCCUGCUGUGGAGGAAGAGGAGAGCGACAGUGACAGUGAUGAUGAUGACGAUGACGACGUUAGAGUGACCAUUGGUGAUAUUAAGACAGGGGCACCUCAGUAUGGGGCAUACGGAGCUACUCCAGUGAACCUCAAUAUUAAGACCACUGGCCGGCCCUAUGUUCCAGCUGGCCCUAAGCCCAAAGGAGUUGAUUUGGAAGCCCCUGGUAGCAUCAAUGGAAUCCCAGUGCUGGAGGUGGACAUGGAGUCCUUUGAGGAGAAACCUUGGAGAAAGCCAGGCGCAGACCUGUCGGAUUACUUCAAUUAUGGCUUCAAUGAGGAGACGUGGAAGGCUUACUGUGAGAAGCAGAAGCGGCUGCGCAUGGGUCUGGAGGUCAUGACCCUAGCAUCUACAACCAGCAAGAUCAUGGUACAGCAAGGACGGACAGGCAACAGCGAGAGGGACACAAGCAUGGCCACGCCUAAGCCCGAUUUCACUUCCCCCAGCAACAUGUACAAGUCGGGCGUGCCCAAUGCUAGGAUGUCCCCUCCACAGUGGCCCGGGGGGCCUCCACCGGACACCUCCUUUUAUCCGAAGAGCUCAGGCACUAUUGAUGUGAUAGGAGGGCAGACAGCCACCAUCAGUCGUGUUGAGGGGCGAAGACGACAUAAUGUGGACGGCAACAACAUCCAGGUGAUAUCAGAACACUCGUCGUCCGACGCUGACUCCACCCCUGCCAAGAUGCCGCCGUUCUUUCCUCCGGGACCACCACCCAACAUCCCCCCUCCCCCCUUCAUGCCACCACCACCUAACGUUAGCACCGCCCCCCCACUAAUCCCCCCACCAAGAAUACCCAUCACUGUUCCACCUCCUGGCUUCCCUCCCCCUCCUGGCCCGCCCCCUCCCUCUCUCAUCCCUACCCUGGACAGACACCUGUUGGAAUCCGGCACUUUUGGACCAGGCCCCCAUGAGCGGAAGUGUUCAAUCGGAGGCAGGCCGAGGCCGGUUCCAGCGCCAGCCCCAGGGCCGGCUGGCUCUCCCCCUGUGCUGCGCUUGAGUGGGCAUUCUGCUGGAUAUGACAACCGUCAAGUCCCGCCAUACCCCUUUGCCACAGGAGGCUUCCCCCCGGUGACAACCUGGCCCGGCCUGAUGGACAACUCCAAGCAGUGGGACUACUACCAGCGACGGGACAAGGAGAGGGAGCGCGACAAGGAGCGGGAGCGGCAGCGGGAGAGACCGCAUGAGCGUGAACGUGAGCGUGAAAGGGACCGGGACCGGGACAGGGAGCGUGAAAGGGAGCAUAGCCCCUCCACGCCAGCCUACAAUAGUGAAAGCACCCGUGUGCUUAGUGACGAGGAGCGCUACCGGUACCGGGAAUAUGGAGAGCGUGGGUACGACCGGCAUCGUGACCGGGCCAGCCGGGAGAAGGAGGAGAGGCACCGGGAGAGACGGCACCGGGACAAGGAGGAAGGCCGCCACAAGUCUUCACGCAGCAGCAGCAGCAGGAGGCGGCACGACAGUGAAGAGGGAGACGCACAUCGACGGCACAAACAUAAGAAGUCCAAGAGAAGCAAGGAGGGAAAAGAAGCCAGUGAGGAUCACACAGCUGAGCAGGAGAACCAGGAGGGCGGGGCCAUGGAGUGAGCAGGGCUCCACCCCCUUUAUCUGACCCCUCCCCUCACACCCAGUACUACUGCUAUGGGUUGUGGCUGAAGCUGCACAUCGGUGAUUAUAUCUGGUCAGAGGGGUCCGCUGGGCCCAGAUUCCCAAACUGUAAGAAAAUAUUCUUUUGUUUGUUGUGAUUGACGAAUCCUCUGAAAGGACUUUGUAUGUUUGUUUUGUUGAAUAAAAAAGGAUAUCUUUUGAUAAAUGAUCUGUUUACUUUUUGUUCUGCUGUGUGUGGCACUUCGAUCGGCCCGUGUAGAUUUUUAACUCUGAAUUGUUCUCUUCUGGAAUGUUAAUGUUAUGGUGACCAAAAUUACCAACAGGAUAUUUCAGUUUAAUUUUGCAAUAAACUGCUUUAAAAUGAA